AUGAGUUCUUCAUCAAGCUCUCGCGAACCUUCACCAUCUAUGAAACAAACUUUACCAAACGAUUAUGGAGCACCUAUUGAAUAUUUCUUACGAGCUGCACAAUGGCAAAGAGCAGUCUCACCAAGGUUAGGUGUUCCACCAGCUCCUGUCAAAAAUAGCAUUUGGUCAAGUCCUUAUAUAAGAUAUGGUCUCCCACUAGGUUUGCUAGCUACAGCAGGAGCAGUUAUGAUGUUGAAAAGAAAUAAAGCAAAUGUUGUAAAUAAUACUGAAGUAGCUGAAGUUAAACAAACUCCAACACCUUCACAAGCAAAACCUUCAAUGACUCCUGAACCUAUGGAAGUACAAACUCCUGUUCAAAAGUCAACUCCUAAACCGACUCCAACAUUUAAACCAGAACCCACGCCUCAAAUAAAUCGUAAAACUCCUGCGUUUCCUUACUGA